GGGGCACAGGCACAAGCAAGACACAGACAAGGUCCCUGCUCUCAAGGGGCUUGCAUUCUAAUAAAACAGGCUCUAAACAAGUAGGUGCAUAGAUACGAAAUACAAUAUCAGGUAGGAAAAGUACCAGGAAGAAAAAUAAAGCAGGGUUAAAGGAGUAGUGAUGGGAAAGUGGAACAAUUUUAGAAAAGAUGGUCACUGAAGGCAGAGACCUGAAUUAGGUGAGGGAGCAAGCCAUGGAGAGAUCUGAGGCAAGGGUGUUCUGACAGGAAACAGCACAUGCAAAGAUCCUGAGGUGGAAACCAGUUUGACAUGUGGGAGGACAAGCAUGAAGACUGUACGGCUGGAGGUAUGGGAGGCAAGGAGGAGGCGGGUGAGGUCAGAGAGGUGGGGAGAAGGCCAUCUCAGCAAAGAGGAGGUGAGAUUCUAUUUUGAUGAUGGGAAGUUCUUGGAAGGAUGAGUGCAGGAUCAUGACCUGAUCUCAUUUGUCUUUAGAGGGAUCCACUUCAGCCAGCUGUGUAGAGAGUGGAUCUGUGGUGUCAGUCAAGAUCCAAUCAACAAAAGAGAAAUCACUCUAUGUAUUCCAGACAAGAGGAAUUUGAUACAGGGAAGGAAUUGAACUACCAAAGGGGCUGCACAGGGUGAAGCCUGAGCGCUCGAAUGGCCAAUGCCACAGGGCUGAACGCACCAGAAGUCGCAGCCUCGAUGGGGUUGAUCCUGGCGGCUGUCGUGGAGGCGGCAGCACUGCUGGGCAACGGCGCACUGCUGGUUGUGGUGCUGCGCACGCCGGGACUACGCGACGCGCUCUACCUCGUGCACCUGUGCGUAGUGGACCUGCUGGCUGCCGGCUCCAUCAUGCCGCUGGGCCUGCUGGCCGCUCCGCCGCCGGGGCUGGGCCGCGUGCGCCUGGGCCCCGCGCCCUGCCGCGCGGCGCGCUUCCUCUCGGCGGCGCUGCUGCCCGCCUGUACGCUCGGCGUGGCGGCGCUCGGCCUGGCGCGCUACCGCCUCAUAGUGCACCCGCUGCGGCCUGGCGCGCGGCCUCCGCCCACCCUCGUGCUCACCGCCGUGUGGGCGGCGGCGGGGCUGCUGGGCGCGCUCUCCUUGCUCGGGCCGCCGCCCGCACCGCCCCCUGCCCCGGCUCGCUGCUCGGUCCUGGCCGGGGGCCUCGAGCCCUUCCGGCCGCUCUGGGCGCUGCUGGCCUUCGCGCUGCCCGCCCUCCUGCUGCUCGGAGCCUACGGCGGCAUCUUCCUCGUGGCGCGCCGCGCUGCCCUGCGGCCCCCGCGGCCCGCGCGCGGGUCCCGGCCGCGCUCCGACUCUCUGGACAGCCGCCUCUCCAUCUUGCCGCCCCUUCGUCCUCGCCCGCCCUGGGGCAAAGCAGCCCUGGCCCCGGCGCUGGCCGUGGGCCAGUUCGCAGCCUGCUGGCUGCCUUACGGCUGUGCGUGCCUAGCGCCCGCUGCCCAGGCCGCCGCGGCAGAGGCGGCCGUCACCUGGGUAGCCUACUCGGCCUUCGCGGCUCACCCCUUCCUGUACGGCCUGCUGCAGCGCCCUGUACGCCGGACGCUGGGCCGCCUCGCCCGACGAGCCCUACCCCGGCCCCCCCGGGCCUGCACUUCGCGGGCCUGGCACCCGCGGGCCCUCCUGCAGCACCUCCAUAGACCUCCAGAGGGCCCUGUGCUAGGCCCUUCUGAGGCACCAGAACAAGCCCGGGAUUUGGCAGGAAGGGAGAGCCUGAGCAUGCCAGAGGCCACGUGAGAGAUGUCUCCCAAGGUGAGCCGGGACUGGAGAAAGCAGGGUGGUAUCACAAAGGGCCCAUCCAUCCUCCAGCACAGCUUAUGGCAGGUAGCCUGCCUGCACUUCUGGCUCUGGAAUGGGAGAAAGGGGGCCUGCAGCCUAGUGAGGCCCAGAGGCUUCUGGGAGCUAGGAAUCCUGAGUUCUGGGCCCAACUCUGCAUGGCCUUGUACACAGACCUACCCUUCCCUAGGCAUCAGUUUUCCCAUCUGUACCCUGGACCAUCUCUAAGGGCUCCUCCAGCUUGGGUGAUCUGGACACUCAUGGAUGAUCCCCAGGCCAAGGAAGAAGCAGAGGUGGGCAGGAUCACAGAGAAGAGGGCCCUAAUGGCUCACAGCCAAAGGGAAUGGGCCAAGUAGGGCAGGGUCUGGGUUACAGCCACAGCAGGAGGAACCAGUGAAGGGACAUUCAGAAAGACCUCCCGCACAUCUGCACCAAGGAGAGGCUGGACAAAACUACUGGAACGCCUCCAUCAGCUUCUAAAAAUGCCCAGAAAACAACUGGAUCGCUUUGGUGCCAGAGGCAGGAGGCUGGACAACAUGACCGCCCAAAGAGCCCUAAAGCCCCAGAACUGGCAUGUGGAAGGGGCCGAGGCCCAGCUGGGGCUGAUGGAGUCACAGAUGGGGGUCCUCUGGGGUCUCAGCUACACCCGUUUUCUGGAGGUUUUGCCAAUACCCACAGUGUUUCACAGCUUCCUGG